AUUCUGCCAAAGUCCCGAUGGCCUUUCCCAGACCCUUCAUAGCGCGGAAGUGUCAUUGUUUACAGUCACCGACACAUCCAUGUUUCAUCACUUACUUUAGAAGCCCAUUAGUCACAUACAUGAAAAUCCCAUAAGAUACAACUGGAUCCACCUGAAACACCAUUAUUUUGCACCAUGAAACUCGAAAGCAACGACGAAAUGGCGGAGAUGCUACCCCACACUUCGUGUGACAACAGUUCCUCCUCCUCUACGACAGAAGCCAAUUCCAUAGUCGAGACGGUCAUUGACAACAUUGAUGAAUGCGAAUGGGUAGAUGACGCCGUCCUGAGCAUUACAACGGCGUUUGGUCUCUGUCACACGCACGAGUAUAUUGAUCGACAAGUGGAAUACGAGCAAGCUCUCCAGAAAUGCCAACGAGGACGAGAAAUGGCCAACCAGAGCAACAUGGCAGUGACGUUUCGUCACCUCCGUUCUGGAAUGUCAUUAGCCUCUUCGGAAGAUGAAGAUGACGACGAAUCGGAUCUCAUGAUGCUUCGAAUCAAUUCGUCUCAGUCCUUGAUGGAUGGAGUCUUCCUCGACGAAUUGGGCAUGGAAGUGCAGCUCCAAGCUCUCUACAGCUAUUGAUUGAUGAGACAUAAAUGCAUGACUGGCAUCCUUCCUCCUUUCCUCCUGCAUUUCAAACGCGCACAAAUAGACCAGACACUUGAGUAUAUAUAUCCACCAUGACCUUUUUUGGCUGCUUGAUUUCAAUCACAAAGUGGUUUCUGUUGUAGACUUUCCAAAACCGUACCGUACUAUAGCUAGCCAAUUAAUAAUCAUCCACAUUCUUAUUUCGCUGUUCCCGCCCUCAAGGAAAUGAUGCUACUGUACU